UAUCCCGCCGGAUCCCGCAUCCCGAUAUAGGCUGUCUGACCGAUGGAUAAACGUUAGGUCACUAGAUAGACGGACAAGAUGACAACUAGCAAAGAAGAUCCAGGGCCAUGAUGUCUCCCAUUUAUAGUACUUAGCCCUGUCCAACAACACAGCUGCAGAUUCCUUGACCGAUAAAGAGGGAAGGGUAAACUUAAACGGUAUCUGCCUGUCUUCUCUUCUGCCUUCUUCAUCUCUGUGUCUGUUCUGGGAUUACGUUCUGGGGAUCAGAUUCAAAGACAAAUAUGGGUUCGCUUGAGGAUGAGAGAUCGCCUUUGGAAGAUGGGCUUCUUCAGGUUCUUCGGAUUUUCCACUUUUGAUUUUAAUUUUUCCUUUUCAGAUUAGUGGGUAUCGCGGAAUUUAUCCAUUCACUAUUCCAUGCAAUAGUGUGAUAAUUUGCUCUGGAGGCUGCAGCCAGGGUAAUUUUCUUCAUUGCUGACUGACGGUCAUAAGUUUUAGCUGUAUUCUUUGUCCAGAUUCCUGCAAUUUAGUAUUCAAAACAGCUUUGGUAUGUGAUUGAAUUUUCUUCAAUGUUUGUAUGUGAAAGCAAAUAUGACUUGAGUGAAGGCAGUGGAGUGUACACUGGAGAUGGCUCAGUUGAUAUUAAAGGGAAGCCUGUCCUCAAAGAGAAUACUGGAAAUUGGAAAGCCUGCCCUUUCAUUUUGGGUACCGAAUGCUGUGAACGUUUGGCAUACUAUGGCAUUGCCACUAAUCUUGUAACUUACCUGACAAGCAAACUACAUGAAGGAAAUGUAGCUGCUGCUAGAAAUGUCACCACAUGGCAAGGCACUUGUUAUCUUACCCCUCUUAUUGGAGCAGUCUUAGCAGAUGCUUAUUGGGGAAGAUAUUGGACAAUUGCUGUUUUCUCCCCUAUUUACUUCAUAGUAAGUACUUACUCUAGUUAUUUCUUUUAAUUACUAAAGUUAUUUCUUUUGGUUACCAAGUGAUUUCAUUACACAGUUAUUUGACCACUGUAAUUCUCAUGCAUGAUGACAAUGCCUGAAUCAGCAAUGAAAUUGUUCAUCUUUG